AUGGGUGGUGGUGGUGGUGUCUUCUCUUCCCAGAACUGUCUCAGCAAACAGCAGCUCCUCUCGGCCAUCCGCCAGCUGCAACAGCUGCUGAAGGGCCAGGAGACGCGCUUCGCAGAGGGCAUCCGCCACAUGAAGAGCCGGCUGGCCGCGCUGCAGAGCUCUGUGAGCAGGGUGGCCCCGGAUGCGCCACCAGUUUCCUGCCCGGCUCUGAAUGCCCCUCCAGAUGGCAAAAAGUUCGGAAGCAAGUACUUAGUGGAUCACGAAGUCCAUUUUACCUGCAACCCCGGGUUCCGGCUGGUUGGGCCCAGCAGCGUGAUGUGUCUUCCCAAUGGCACCUGGACAGGGGAGCAGCCCCGCUGUAGAGAUAUCAGCGAAUGCUCCAGCCAGCCUUGUCAAAAUGGUGGAACGUGUGUAGAAGGAGUCAACCAGUACAGAUGCAUUUGUCCUCCAGGAAGGACUGGGAGCCGCUGUCAGCACCAGGCCCAGACCGCCGCCCCCGAGGGCAGCGUGGCCGGCGACCCCGCCUUCAGCCGCGCGCCGCGCUGUGCGCAGGUGGAGCGGGCGCAGCACUGCAGCUGCGAGGCCGGCUUCCACCUGAGCGGCGCCGCCGGAGACAGCGUCUGCCAGGAUGUUAACGAGUGCGAGAUCUACGGGCAGGAGGGGCGCCCCCGGCUCUGCAUGCAUGCUUGUGUGAACACCCCGGGCUCCUACCGCUGCACCUGUCCCAGCGGGUACCGGACCCUGGCCGACGGGAAGAGCUGUGAGGAUGUCGAUGAGUGUAUGGGCCCACAACACAUGUGUCCGCAGGGGACCACGUGCAUCAACACUGGUGGAGGCUUCCAGUGCGUCAGCCCCGAGUGCCCCGAGGGCAGCGGCAAUGUGAGCUAUGUGAAGACAUCUCCCUUCCAGUGCGAGCGAAACCCCUGCCCCAUGGACAGCAGAUCCUGCCGCCACCUGCCUAAGACCAUCUCCUUCCAUUACCUGUCUCUGCCCUCCAACCUGAAGCCGCCCAUCACGCUCUUCCGCAUGGCCACGGCCUCAGCCCCUGGCCGAGCCGGGCCCAACAGUCUGCGGUUUGGGAUCGUGGGCGGGAACAGCCGCGGCCACUUUGUGAUGCAGCGCUCAGACAGGCAGACGGGGGAGCUCAUCCUCGUCCAGACCCUGCAGGGGCCUCAGACGCUGGAGGUGGACGUUGACAUGUCGGAAUACCUGGACCGCUCCUUCCAGGCUAACCAUGUGUCCAAGGUCACCGUCUUCGUGUCCCCCUAUGACUUCUAAGGGUGCCAUGGGGGGACCGGGGUAUGGAGAUCUGGCUCAUUUCUCUUCCCGGAAGACUCCACU